AUGCAUUUCCCGGCACGACACUGCGCCCCUAUCGUGUCGGCAGCCACAGCUACGGGGCGGAUAUCACGCGGGAUCCCAUAUGCCUCGUUGAGAUUGGGCUCAGCGGGGUGGAACGCUUGCACUGGGAAAGGGUCUGGAUUAUCAACACGGCACAUUCAUUUGAUUUCAAGGAGAGAUCAUGGUUUCCAAAUCUCUGGGAUAUCACCUGCCAAAAACACGCAAUGCGUUGCAGCUCCCUCUAAUCGUCUUGGGUGGAGUCAGUUCAGGAGUUUCAGUCAAGCAGACCAUUCGGAAGUCUCUGGCGACAAUCAGAAGACGGAAGAGCUUUUGGAGAAAUUUGAGGUCCAAGAAGGGAAUCAGGAGGCUCGGCCUCAGCGUCAUAUUAUCAGUGAGGAUGGCAAGGGCGAGCAGUCUGUGAUACAGGGGGAGGAAUGGCCCGAAAGGAUGACCAAAGGCAUGGAUGCAAUGGGUUUCAUCGGGGAUUAUUAA